ACAAAGUUUUAUAGUAUUUGGGCCUUUUAGUUAAUAGUUCACCCACUAGUUAGAGGAACUGCUUUCCCUCCGUCGGCUGCAGCAGCAGCACUCACCGAUUGUGGGGCGGGACAGCGAGGAAGAGGGAUGGCAGAAGAAUCUGAAAAGCGGUUUGAAGCAAUAAUGAGGAAGCUCCUUCAUACUCCGCCUAAAUCCAAGACGAACGCUAACAACAGCAGUAUGCAUGGUGUUCACACAUUAAGUGGUCGAAAGCGCCCGCAUUCAUCUUCAGCGCGGACGAAAUUAGCAGGCAAUGUAGACUCAGGGACCUUAUUGUCGGUUUCCGUAACAUCAACUCUAGCGCCAGCCUGCAGGCCUUGGGACCGUGAUGAUUUGUUUCGGAGGUUGUCCACUUUCAAGUCCAUGACCUGGUUUGCUAAGCCACAGGUGGUGAGUCCUUUGGAAUGUGCUAGGAGGGGUUGGCUUAAUGUAGACAUGGACACAAUUGCUUGUGUGUCAUGUGAUACACGCCUCCUCUUUUCUACUCCAUCAGCUUGGACGCAGCAACAAGUUGAGAAAGCAGCUAUGGUAUUCAGCUUGAAGCUGGAUAGUGGGCAUAAAUCACUAUGCCCUUGGAUUAAUAAUGCAUGCACGGAAGAUAUUGCUAAGUUUCCAAUUGUAUCACGGGCUGAUUUGAUUGAAGAUUACAAGAAACGCCUUUUCUCUCUGUCACAGCUAAUAGCUCUUCCAGUUAUUUUACCUGUGGCCAUUGAUAACAUUAUGAGCUCUCAGCUGGAGCAAUUUCUUAGAGAAUCUUCAAGUUCAGGAUACAAGUCACCUCUUGAAAAGUCUAGGACAGAGCUAUCAGGAGAUGUACCCAAGUCAGUUUCUUCCAUCUCUUAUUAUCAGGCGCAGAAGCUCAUAAGUUUAUUUGGCUGGGAACCUCAUGUGUUACCUUAUAAAGUUGACCUCGAGGACGGAGAAAAUCAGUCUGUUAAAGAUGCCAAUGUAAUGGUUACAACCGGACAAAAGCGCAAAGUUAGCAUCUAUCAUUUGUCUACUGGUGAGGACAUGAAGGCUUCUGCUGAACUGCAGUUUGAUCCUAGUUCUGUUGUUCUAGACUGCAAUCUGUGUGGGGCUAGUGUUGGAUUAUGGGCUUUCUCUACUAUCCCACGCCCUCUGGAGUAUUUAAGAUUUGUUGGACUUACGGAAGUAAAUGGUAGAAAUAUCUCUACAGAUUAUGAGGUCUGUUCACAAGAAGGUUCUUCAGGCAAUCAGAUACAUACUGGAAAUCGGGAAGGUAUCACAAAUACUGUUACCACUGCUUCAACAUCAUUAGGUUUCACCAUUGCAGGUGGUCCUCCACCGGCAAUGCUGAAUUACGGUGCAACCAUAUCCUUACCCAUCAUUGGCCAUAAUUUGAGAGCACGAUUUUCAAUGGAAACUGAAACAAAUGAUCAGUUGGCUGUCCAGAAGCUGCCACAAGUGGAGGAGGAUCAACAAAUGUCACUAGAAAGUGAAAAUGCCACUGCAGAAGGAACUGUUGCAACACGUGGGAUAGACUUCAUUGCCAAAAACCCAGUGGAAGUCCCUCAAACUGUUCCAGAAGGUUCUAUCUCGAAUGUUAACUUGAUUGAAAAUCUGAGAACAAUUAAUUCAGCAGUUGCAGAUCAACAUAGGUUUGAUGCUGAGAAUAAUGUUCUAAGUAGGAAGGAUGGAGGGAAUGAGUCUAACAGAAAAGAGAUGGAUGAGCCUAGAAAUUGUGAACAGGGCAGCAGGUAUCCAAGUAACCAUCCAGACAGUCCUGGAAUAGGGCCAUUUGUGAAGCAUACACCUUUGCCCUUUAGCCUAAGAGAGGAUAAAAAACUACCUUCUUUAACCAAAUCAAAGGAAUUUGAUCCCAUCAAGCAGCACAGAUUCUUUUGCCCCUGGAUUAUGUCGACGGGCAAAUUUGUUUCUGGAUGGAAGCAGACACUAUCUGCUUUAGAAGGGAACAAGGAGCUCAACAAUGUACCUGAAUCUGACUUGAUUGAGGUGGAUGAUCCAGUUGCCUCUGUGAAAAAACUUUUCACCUCUCCGAAUGAUAAGAGAACCAAAGUUGCUGGUGGAAACUAGAGUAUGAGAUGCUACUCUGUCUGUCUUGAAGCAUGCCGGACUCACAGUCUGAUCUGAGCUAAGGACCAAGUAAUGUCAAUGUGAUUGUGAGUUUCAAAACCCUGCAGCUCCCCAAACUGUUAGUUGGUGUUUUACUGAAGCUUCACAAUCUCCUUUCCUAUAGAUAGGCAGUAGAAGACUUUAGCAUAGAGGACAGCGAGAAAUCUCUAUUUGAUAGGGGGAGCAGCGAAAAAUCUGAUCUGUACAUGAUAUUUUUGCCUCAUACAAUUUUUUCAAUUAUAUCGAAUAGCAAAAUUGCCUUCCUCAUCA